AAACAUGGCUACCGCGAAAGAGCUUGAUGUUAGGUGGAUACGAAGAUAUCGAGGAUUCUGUAUAGCUGGCUGUGUUAUUUGUAUAUUUCAAGUCUUCCUAGCUUAUAUAUUUUUUACCAUUUACGCUGAUGAAGGUAAACAUUUAGAAAAAUAUGUGAUAAAUAAAAAAUCUAAUUUCGAGCUUCUUGACGAUCGAAAUGAUAUGGAAUCUUCAAGAAGAUUUAAAGAAGCUUAUUUAACCAUGGACGAUGAAGAAGAUGACAGUCCUGGCAACAGCAAUGCUGUAGAAAAAAGGUUAAAAAUUCCACCGGAUAAAAUAGAUCCAAAAAUUGGCCCUGGCGAAAAAGUGCCUGUGAAGUCGAAGAUAGACAUCCAAUCUCCUGACGCUUCGAAUAGAGUAUCAGCCAACAAGACGUCGACGUUGCGACUGGAAGAGUUAGACUUUGUGCCAAUGUGUGAGAUCACGGGGAAGGAAGCUGUCUCUGCAAUUCACCGAGCCAAGACGCAGCAUUGUAAGCAGCACUUGGCCAACAUUACGUGCCUUAACUUGCGAGAGGAGCUCUAUCCCCACCGGCUGCCACAUCUUUGUCCCAAUGGCGAGAAGGAGGCGGGAAAGUUACUGGGUUGUUACAAGGAUGAGAAGGCCUUCAGACUGUUGACGGGUUAUUACACCAACCUAAAAACCACCAACUCGCCACAGAACUGCAUCAAUUUGUGCCUUCAGUCCGGAUUCCCUUAUGCCGGAGUCCAGUAUGUGAAUGAGUGCUUCUGUGGUACAGAAGAGCCAGUGUCCACGGCCAGAUUGCCCGACUCUUCGUGUAACAUGAAGUGCCCUGGAGACCCUCGAGAAGCUUGUGGUGGCUACUACACUGUCAACAUCUACCAGACAGGCAUUGCCAAGUUCAGCCCCCAACCACCCAACGAAGUGAGUUCGGCUGUUGGAGGCAACCGGCCGGUACGGAUUGCCUUCCUCCUGACACUAAACGGUCGUGCCGUGCGCCAAGUGUACCGGCUUCUCAGGGCAUUAUUCCACAAGGACCACUACUUCUACAUACACGUUGAUUCGAGGCAAGACUACAUGUUCCGAGAGCUGCUGGCCUUGGAGAUGCGACUGAGCAACUUGCGAUUGUCACGUCGUCGUCACUCCACCAUCUGGGGUGGUGCCAGCCUGCUGACAAUGUUGCUGGAGAGCAUGUCUGAGCUGGUACAAGCUGACUGGCACUGGGAUUUCAUCAUCAACCUCAGCGAGUCAGACUUCCCUGUCAAGACGAACACACAGCUGGUGGAGUUUCUGACGGCCAACCGAAACCACAACUUUGUCAAGUCACACGGUAGAGAGGUACAGCGCUUUAUACAGAAACAAGGCCUGGACAAGACCUUUGUGGAAUGUGAGGCACACAUGUGGCGUGCAGGCGAGCGUCGUCUACCGUGGGGUGUGGUGAUCGACGGAGGCAGUGAUUGGGUAGCUCUUAGCCGCCCUUUCGUCACGUACCUGACACAACCUUCCAGUGACCAGCUCAUCUCUGGUCUGCUCACCCUCUUCAAGUACACCUUGUUGCCAGCAGAGUCUUUCUUUCACACUGCUCUUCGUAACUCUGAGUUCUGCGGUUCAUACGUGGACAACAACUUACAUGUGACCAACUGGAAGCGCAGGUUGGGCUGCAAGUGUCAGUACAAGCAUGUAGUGGACUGGUGCGGCUGUAGUCCCAACAACUUCAAGACCGAGGACUGGAUGAGACUGCAGGGAACAGAACCGAGGUCACUGUUCUUUGCGAGGAAGUUUGAACCGAUCAUAAAUCAAGAAAUAAUCUUUCAGUUGGAAGAAUGGCUUUAUGGACCGUAUCCCAGCAAUGUGAGUAGUCUGCACAGCUAUUGGCAGAGUGUGUAUCACUACCAGGAUGUGAGUCCGCAACAUGAUGACACGUUGGGAACGGUAGCCUCCUCACUUGCUCGGCUCGCAGCCCGCCAUCUCACUAACUCUGCUGUCCACUGCGCUGUCUCAGCAGGCAAAGUGUUAGAAGUUACUUCAUAUCUGCACAACGACAAUUACAAAGGCACCCUGAUAAAGUUCUCAACCCAGAUUAAAGGGAGAGAGGAGGCUGUAACAUUGGAGACUUGGUUUCGGCCCCAGAACAACUUCACAGUUAUCCACAACAUUGGACCUGCCCAGAGAUUGAAGUCAAUGGUGGUCAGCUCUGAGUACGAUCAAAAGGAGCAGUUCUCUCGAAACUUGCUGAGAGCGCUGGGAGUUUUCUCAGAGCCAAGUCUCAGUCUGCAGGUCAUCAGUGGGACCGAAGCCCACAACCUCACCUUCCUCUGGGUGGACCCCACAGGCAACCUUGCAGACGUCACAGAGGCCUUUGUUGACGAGACUGCCUCGAUCUCUAAUGUGAAACCAGUGCUCAAAACACCAUUACUCCCAGGGGUCUGGUACCUGAAGAUGGUGUUCAAUAAUAGAGUCAUCGCUCAAACCGACUUCCUCAUCUCCCCCCUCCAGUUCACUGCCGGUUUUCCGAUAAGCCAGCAACAAGCCAAGUUCCAGCAUAGUGGCUCUAGCCAGGCAUACCGUGCCAGGGACUCUCCUCUCAAAGACCUCCUGGAGCCUCCGGAUUCCAGCCAGCUGUCUCGAGCUAAUGCCAACUCCAAAAGGUUUGGGAAAGACCUUUUGCAGUGGAUUGACAACCUUGUCCUGAGGUUCUACACUGUGGUAGAGUCCUGUGUUGUGUCCCAGACAGUCCUGGAUCUAUGCCAGUCCCUACAGCUGGAACCUUGUUCCUCUACUGUCUGGAGCUCGCAGGCACCAGACCCUAAAUCCACCAUCACUUCCAUUAACAAAACCACAGGCCAGCUUAACAGGUGGUGACACAGGCUCGAGCCCUAGGGGCGUACCUAUGCAGAAGCGGCCUACGCAGAAAUGUGAUACAGAUCCUUGUAUAUAUAUAUAUAUUUUUGUGUGUGUACAGACAGCCUUAUGUGGCUGCAUUGGACCUCUCCCUUGCCAUAUGGUUUGACCAGUGCAAUCAUGUCACUAGCCGACAAGAAAAAGUUGGUAAACGGGUAUUGCUAAACUACAUAAACAACGGUGUUUAUACAAUAUGAGUUGAUCGUUAAACUAAAAUAAUUUACUGUUAUUAUGAAUUAGGAGAUGUCAAACUCUGAAUGUUGCUCUCAUUAAACCUGAGUGGUUAAUCAAUUAAAGUAAAUCUUACAUGCAGCUUUUGAAAAUUUUUCCCUUAACGUUGUUGCUAAUUGAGAAAGUUUUCUUCUAAGAGAGAAAUUUUAAAAGUUUUCAACAACAUCACUCCAGUGGUAGUGUUUAUAUUCUUCAUAUAUGUUAUAAUAGUUGGAUGUCCAUAUUCUCAUGACAUAUUGUAAGACUAAACUCAACCUACUGUUAAUAAACCUUCUAAACGGUUCCUUUACUGUUUGUUACAAAGGAAAAAUUAAAUACAAAUUACUAAAUUCACAAGUUUUAGAAGUCCAUGUCACCACAACUCACCCAAAAACAAUAGUUCAUAUAUAUAUAUAUAUAUAUAUAUAUAUAUAUAUAUAUAUAUAUAUAUAUAUAUAGAUUUGUAAAUCUCAAAAUGAACAUAUAUGAACAUUUGAUUUACAUAUUAACUGUUUUUAUACGCAGUUGUCAACUGAACAAACAUGGUCACAAAUGAGAGGCAAUUCUAAAAUAUUAAACAUUGGGUUGGGUCAAGUUGUAGAUAUUGGAAAGGUCCAAUGCAGCGUUUUGUUGAAGAUCAGUAUUUUAAUAAGUGCCACUAGACAUAGACUAUCAUUUUGUUUUGUUGAAAUCACAACAACACAGUAAGUUAUGGUAGGAAACUGGCUUAGUACAACCAAGUAAUUACCCAGUCUGAGAACCGUAAUGUUAUGUUUUAGUACGCUUGAUAAAGCUUCUUAAAAUGGAUGGUCAUAACAAAAUGGAAAGUUUCUUUAUCAAAACAGGGCUUUGAUAUAUUCUUACAGCUCGAAAUGUUUGGACCUUCCAAUGUAACUUUAUUCAAUGUAAUUUCCAUCUUUUUUGACACCUUAAACAUUGGGGAACCACUUCUGCAAUGACGAAUUAAAAAUUGCUGUCCAAAAACUUAUGGUCCGUAGUAACCACAUGGAACAAUAUUCUUUGAAGAAGGUUUUUUCUUGUAUUUUUAAUUGCUUAAACAAUGAAGGUAUAUUUGUUAGUAAAGAAAUAAAAUAUGUGAAAGAAUGUAUUGAAAAAAUUUUAUUUUUAGUAUUUUUUAGUGGGUCUUACUUUUAAAACACUUGUAUUUUUGGCAUCAUUACAAACUGUGGCUGCAGAAUAGUUGUUUAUAGUUGCUGACUGAAUUUGUCAAAAUUGUUUGUUAUUGUUUCAUUUAUAGAGAAGGUAGUCAAGAAAGCAAGAGACUCCACAAAAUAAAGACAAGAUCUUAUUGUUUUUCUUCUCAUUAUUAAUUGAUACAUAAACAUAACUGCAAAACAUUUAUAGAAAUGCUUGAGUUUUUGCAUUAGUGUCUCGUAUUUUUAGUCUCAUUUCAGAAUAUUUAUAUAAAUAUUCUGAAAUGAGGAUCAAAAUUCUUUUAGGAAAAUAUCAAAUUUAUGUCUAAAACACAGUACAUGCAAGUAUAAUCCAGAACUGGUUCAGUUUGAGAUAAAUCUACCUUAUCUGAAUCCACUAUAUCUUCAUGUUAUAUGUUGUGUCCACAAUAUUUUCUUCAGUUUUCCUGCAUUAAGAGUUAAUUUUUUAAGUCGUACACGUUACUUUGCAUGAUUGUUACUAAUUUCCUCAUUUUUUUACAAAAAUUGGGUCUUUGUCUCAUACAAAUUAUUUUAUGUUAAGGCAAAACUCAGUUUUCCCCUACAGUUUGUGAUACUUAGAUCAAAAUGCAAUUUCCUUUUGGAUAUCUAAAUACAUGUGUUGGUGUGAUUUCAACAUUUAGCAAUAAUAAUAUAAAGCUCUUUUAUAUAAGACAUUUAGGAUUAAUUCUUUAAGGUUAACCCCACGAGACUGUUGUUUCCUCUAACAACAGAGGAUAGACUGGCCGUGGUGUACAGAUAUUUGUGGGUUUUAGUCUCAGAAACCCUUUUUACUCUCAUAACAUGACAGAUUUUCUUGCUUUGCAUUGUUAGAUGUUUCUUUAUGUGUGACAUUUGUAAAGUGUUGUUGUCACUUUUUAUUGUAGUUAAGUGUUUUUUAUGUGUUUGUGACUUGACAUAUGUUUAUUCUAUUGUUAGUUCAUUUAGAACUAAAUUACCAAAUCACCAUUUUUGUGAUAAAAUGUGUGUAUAUUUACUUUAUACUAAACAUUAAACUAUAAUUGGAACUUUCACUUUAUACAACUUUUAGGACCAAUAUUGUCAAAUCUAUAUGUUGCAACUGAUUUAUGAAAGUGAUCUAUAAGAAGUUGUGGAUUUUUUGUGUAUGUGUCUCUUAGAUCAUAACUACAAGAGUCACUAAGGGAGUAAAGAAUGUUUACAAAAUGUUAUACUAUGUCGUCUGAAGAUUUUCACUUAGGACAAAAAUAGCCGAGGGAUCUUCUCAUUGCAUUUAGUCCCUAAAGGACCUUUGCACUGCUUCCUGAAUGACACAAUAUUCAGGAGUAAGUUUUGGGGUAGGAAAUUAAUGAUAAUUAUCAAUAACAUAUGUUCAUAUGGAAUUGUAUUUGUAGAAACUAAUUAAAUAGAAAAUAUUUCAAAAUGAAUCAGAGAACACACAGCAAACAGUGCCUAAGCACUUGAAAAACUUACAUCAAAAUAAAUACUGUAACUAAAAUUAAGUUCUUAGUAAAUAAUGGAAGAUAUAAUCAAAAUAAAAACAUCUUAAUACAACUCACUCAUGAUCUCAAUUUUUGAGACACUUCAUAACCAAACAUGUAUCUUAGUUGUUUUGUGCAAUUUCAUUAAUAUAGGUAAAUACAUUUGAAAAAACCCAACCUAUAGGACACACUCCUUAUAUAACAGUUGAAAUUUUUUAUGUAAAAGAUUUUAUGUAAAAUCUUGUAUAUGAGCAGUUCAUUUGCUUAUCAUUGUGUAAUGUAAUAGUUAUGUAGUUAUAAUUAAUAUAUUGAAACCUUAUAAUGAAAAAUCCUAAGGCUUAAAAAUUUGUAUUGGGAAGAUUGAAGGUGCUCUCUGUGAGCUAUGAAGGCAAUUUUCUUACAAUGAAAAAUUUUUGAACAAGUCCUGAAGGACGUGUAAAAGUUUGUAAAAUAAUAAGUGAUUUUAUACAGUAUAUGAAAAUUUGAAUAUCUUUAUUUGUAAUAUCGAAAAUGACAAAUUAAUUAGGUUCCCUACACAAAAGUUUGCACACUUACUUGAUUACACACCAACAAUUGAUUGUAUUGGUUUUAAGUACUAAAAGGAAGUUGAUAAAAUGUUUUUGUAACCUGACGAUUUCUGGCAGAGAAAUCACAUUUCUGGACUUCAGUCUCAGGUAUGUCUAUUGUAUCCAUAAUUAAGGAGGUUAUAUUCCUUGAUAGAUGUUUAAUACUCUGUACCUAAGGUGUCUGUGAAGAAGCUUGUAUUUUCAUUCAUUACUCUUCACAUUACUGCAUCUGCUUGUUGGUUCAAAUGUGAGCAUUAUUCGUAUUUAUUGUCUUUUAUAUAUUUGAGACAGUAAAAAAGAUAUUAUCACAUUAGCUAAUACUAGAUAAAUUUUAACAUCUAAUUUUUCUUAUGCUGUAUAAACUUCACUUUUAUUUUUAUAAACAAAACCGUUAAUAGAUCAAAAUUUUCUGAUAGUUUAGUCUUCAAUCACUCAGUAAAACCACAAAAUCCUCCAUUAUAAUGAUAUAAGUGUUGGAAAAACUAGAAAUUAUACCUGUAUAGACUUCAAAGUAUGGUACAAAUGUAUUGAAUAAUAUGAAAUAGUUCAUAAUGAUUACCUAUGUUUCCAGUACUUCUUUUCAAUAAGUAAAAUAAAAAACCCUUGUUAUGUCUAUUGCCCUUCAUUCAGGAAAUGUCCUGUAUUAUUUUCUAUAUUAUAUAGUCCUGAACUGUGGAUUGUCUAAUAACAAUAACAACGUACCUUUGAACUGUUAGGCGAAGGUACGUUGUUGUUGUUGUUAUUGUUAUUGUUAUGUUAUGUAUAUUUUGUAUUCUCAUCUUGUAGUUUUUUUUAACUCUGUGCCAUGAAAACAUGUCUGCGUGUGAACUAAGUUAACUCUAAGCAGUUCAUUAAAAGUGAUUAAGAUUAUUGUGACUGAAUUGUGCUCCAGUCAUGUAGCAAUAACU